AUGAAGGCGCGCUGCGGACGUGAUGGAGAACACCAACUGCCAGCAGCUGAUCUAGCGGAGUCCAUGGAACUGGCGCCGUCCCGUUUGUGUUUCUUCGUCCUCUUACUACGGACACAUUCGGAGAAACGAGACGCGCCGCGAAUGAGACGACCCCCCCGGUGUGUAGGGGGGGCAUUGGGCUUCGAGUGGCCGUGGUCGGAUGUGGAAGGGUCAGCCGUGUCUGCUUUAGGCGCCAGCUCCGAGGAUAAGCAGAGCACUGGAGUCCAGGCAGAGGGAUGUGCUGCUGUCUUUUGUUCAGGCAGCGGCAUCAGGGACAACAGGCUUCAUCAUGUCCUGAUGAUGAGGAUGAGGUCUGCUGUGCAUGCCAGCGUGUGGACGUGUGGAUGUGGUGCUAGUUGUAAACCCAAAGCCGCAGUGGAGCCCAUCCCCUCGCUCCUGCCGCGAGAAACCUCAUUCGUAGAUUGGUCGUACGAAGCCAUCUCCCUCCCCCUGAGCCUCAUUGGCAUGCGAGCAGUGCGCCGCGACGGGAGGAGACUGGACCCAGAGAACACCGGCUUCAUCCCAGUGGAGAACUUCACCAGCCUGGUGGAGCACCAUGAGCUGCAGUUGGACCCGUCCAAGUUGGACAUGCUGUUAGCAUUGGUCCAGAGCAAUGAGGAGGGGCAGGUGUGCUACCAGGAGCUCAUCGAGCUGGUGAGUGGUCGCUUCCUGCACUGUGCCUGCAGAUUCUAG